AUGGCGAGGGCCACGCCGGCGCAGAUGGCCGGGCUCCAGGACAGAUUGCACAACUCUAUUUAUGCAGGCGUGGAACGAGCUGCGGCACCGGUUGCUCAUCUUGAGGCUUCUUGGCCUUCGAGCGAGAUCACCAAGCGCGUUUCCAAGCACAUGCUGCGUGCAGCAUCGGACGAGGAGUUGCUUUCAAUGGAGUGGAACAAGCUCAUCAAGGAGCUGGUUCAGCGGUCCAUGCGAGGGUUCUCGCACUCCUGCAACGAGUCGCAGUGGUUUUACGACAUUGAUCUGGUGCCUGUCCUGACUACGACAGGCAUGGAUAUUUUGCACACGGCGAAGCGGAUAAGCGUGCACCCUCAGGCGGUGGAGGACAUCGUGCGAGUGGAGUACGACGAUGCCGUCGAGAGGUGCAUGCUCGAGAAGACCAUGUGGGACGUUGCCGCGGCGAUGUUCACGGAAGACAAGGUGCGGAGCAAGGUGUACAAGUGCUUGUCGGCAGCGUAUUGGCCUGCGUUGGACGAGGCGCUGGCCUCGUCGAUGUCGAGGGCGCACCUGCAGCGGCCGCCGCAGGAGGACCUGCGGCACGUCGAGGAGUUCAUGCGGGGGUGGAUCCACGACAGCAUGGGCCGUGCCUGGUCCGCGCUGCCGUCGAUGAACGCAGAUGGCGACAGUGUGCUUACCGAGGAUCUCAUGGUGCAGAUCUUCCAGCGGCUGCUGGUCCCCCUGGGGGAGGAGCACCCGUUCUCGUGCGUCUCCUCCGACCUGACGUCUCGCAUCGGCCGCCCGCCGCACGACUGGAAGUUCAUCCGGCAGGCGGUCCGCGAGCUGGUCUCGGGGCAGGCCCACGGCGGCGGGCGGAAGCGGAAGGCGAACAACCAGGGCGGCGAUUGGCAGGCCGGGAAGAGGAAGACCACAGGGAAGCCAAGGAAGGAAGCAGAGGCCGACGGCGAGCAGGCGGCGCAGGCUAAAGGCAAUCCCGACAAGCAUCCCAGGUGUACGUCCGAGGAGGAUUGUUUGGGCUCCAGUUUCGACCAGCUCGUCAGGCACAACUUGAACGGGCAGCCCGCGGACGUCUACUGCAUCACGUGUUGGGAGUCCUUCCUGCAGCGGAACCCCUCCCUGGAGGCCCCGCCUCGCCUGGCCGGCCUGCCAGUCGCCAUUGUCCCCGGCGUGCUCGGGUGGCAUCUUGCCUACUUGGCCAUGUGGACCAGGCUGUUGUGGGCCACCUUGUUCUUUUCACCCUCGCUGUCCUUCGCGUCCUACGGGGGUCUGCGGAUGAUCCCAGCGCAGCCGGAGCGCCGGAUCUGCCGCAAGAGAUCCGGCGCCGAGCCCGGAGGACGGGGGGCGAACGCAGAGGCGGGCCGAGGCGGCGGCCGCAGAGGGCGGGAGAGGCGGAGGCAGCCCUGCAACACGCUGCAGAGCAGCUUUCCGGGCGGGGCUAGGGCGUUCCAGAACUCGCUCGGAGCGUUCCGGGGGGCGGUCGCGGAGGACGGGAGGCGGAGGCAGCCUUGCAGCACGCUGCAGAGCAGGCCUGCCCUCUCUCUUCCUCGCGUCGGGCGCGUCUCUCUGCAGGCGGACCUCUUCAAGAGCAGUCACACCUCAGAUCCAAGCCUCAGGGUUGCAGCAGUUGGGGGACCGGAGCACCGCGCCGUCGGCGGCGGCGCGGCGCAGUCCGCGAUCCGGCAUGCGAGCAAUCAGUUGCAGUCAGUGCAGGAACCGCGCGAGGCCGAGUUGCACUGCCUGCUGCCCGGGCCCCUGCGGCGGGCCCUCUGCGCCGCCGCGGCCGGCGCGGCCGCCGGCGCGCUGGGCGGCCUGGGCGGCCGCGGCCUCGGCGGCAGCUUCGUCACCGCGCCGGCCGCCGCACCAUUAAGGGUGCGCGUGGAGAUGCAGGCGGUGGCGCCCCAGAUGGCCGAGGGAGGCGCGGCUCAUCGGAAUCGCGCAGCCCACAGGGUCGUGGAGGCGCUGAAGAGGGAUGCGCUCGAGGCAUGCCUCGAGGCAAUGGAGGACAACACCGAGGCCGUGGAGCGGUGUGCCCUUCUCAGCAGCAGGCUGCGGGCCGCCGAGAUGGCCCUCCGCAGCGACGCCGUCGCCUCGGACGGCCGUUGGGGCAGCUACCCGGACCUCGCUGCGGACGUUGGUCGAGCCUCCACGGACACGGUCUCCGUUGUCGCAGGCUGCAUCUGGGCAUUGCGGUCACCUGGUUUUGACAUACGAGGCUAUCAACGUCUGACGGCUGGCGUGGUAUUCAGUACCCGAUUGCCCACUCGUGGCACGCAGUCGAAGCACAACGAGGCCAUGGUGGACUUCCCCGGCAGCCUGCUGGUGAGGCAUGGCGGCAUAACGUUGUGCUUGCGAUAUGGCGGUUGUAGGACCAACGCGUUCGGAGAGCUCGGGCCAAUACGAGACCGGGGCACCGUCCGGCACGCGCGCGGCGGGUUUGCUGUCAGCGACCGCCAUGAGGAUGCGCCCGUUCUGCAGUGGGGCGUCGGUUCUUUCGUUUUCUUCGCAGCGCAUCGCAGAGGGCGGCGCCUCGGCGCGGGCUGCGGGCCGAUGUCGUCGGUUGCGCGCCUCGUGUUCGGCAUCGGUCGCGACCUGUACGUCGCCGGGCUGACAGACAAGGGUCCCUCUGGGAUGUGGCGCACAGCGAACCGGACCAAGACGACGACCAGCGGCACCGUGCAGGCCAUGGACUGGGCAUCUGUGGAGAUGCAGGGCUGGCGCCCGGCGAUGGAGGACGCCGUCCGCGUGGUGGGCUCCCUGCCGGCCUCGCUGGAGCAGCGGGCCCUGUUUGCGGUGUUCGACGGGCACGGCGGCGAGCAGGUGUCGAAGAUCGCCGCGGCGAAGUUCCCCGACGUGCUCGCGGAGUGUGCACGGGGCUUCUGCGAGGCGGCCGGGGGCGAGGCCGUUCCUCAGGAGGGCGACGGCAGGCCCAGGGCGAAGGCUGCGAGGGCCGAGGCGGACCGCCAGUCGGAGAUCGCCGGCAAGUCUUUGCACCAGGCCAUGUUGAGGAUGGACGAGGAGCUGCGGAAGCUGGGCGGCAGCGGGAGCGUCGCCGUGAGGCCCCCGCGGGGUCUCGCGGCCGAGCGGCUGGAGCUGCACGAGAGGCGCAACGCCUUCAGCCUCACAGGCAGCACGGCGAUCGUCGUGCUGGUAGACUACAGCGAGGACGACGGGCGGCCGAAGAGGCUGACGGUGGCGAACUGCGGCGACUCCCGCGCCGUACUCUGCCGGAACGGCGAGGCGGUGGAGCUGUCGCAGGACCACAAGCCCGAGCUGCCCGCCGAGGAGGAGCGCAUCAAGGGCGCCGGCGGGCACGUGGCGCUCGCCGGCGUGUGCCACCGCAUAGACGGGUGGGGCCUGAACCUCUCCCGCGCACUGGGGGAUUUCCACUACAAGUCCAGGGCGGACCUGCCGCCAGAGAAGCAGAAGGUGUCGUGCGUGCCAGAGGUCCGGUUCCUGGAGCUCACCGGGGCGGACGAGUUCCUGCUGCUGGGGUGCGACGGCAUCUUCGAGCUGCACAGCUCCCAGGCGGCCGUGGACGUGGUGCGGGGAGCGCUGCGGGCGGGCGGCUCCGUGGCCGGGGCCGCGGAGCUGCUGGUGGACAGGAGCUGCAGCCCAGACCUGAUGGCCACCAGGGGCAAGGGAGGGGACAACUGCAGCGCCAUCGUCGUCAGGCUACGAUGAUGUCGCCUGACUGGCAGACGCCCGUCAUGCGCGGGCG